UUAAGUGCCGUUUGAGGUUCAAACUUUGAUUCCCCUAACGUCUCCGUUAAUUGACGGAACAUUAAAACAACGCCACACACUUGUAACGGUAAGUAACGGCGACGUCGGUGCUAAUCCGUGUAUACGUUAUACGCAAUUCACAAAUAUAUAAAAACUAAAUAUCGUUUUUUUAUUUAUUUUUAUUAAAUUAAAUAUUCAAUUUUUCAUUGAUUCAACGUUCGAGGUUUUUUCGAAACCUUAGCUUCGCGAGAGAGAAAGAACAAUUCUUGCUCUCUUUGUUCUGUUCUAUGAGCUUCAGUUCAAUUCCCGCCACUUCUGUUAAAGCAUAGGUUUGUGAAGGAUAUGGAGGUGUAUUCAGAGGAGAUGUGUUGUUUGGAGAAUAAGCAAUCGACAGUUGCUUCUUGCUCGUCUUCUGAAGACAGUGGCUGUGGCAGUGCAAUUCAAAAGUCGCCUGGGAUAUGUAGCCCCACGGCUACUUCGACAUCGCCCUCACAUCGGAGGACGACAGGUCCUAUAAGGCGAGCUAAGGGUGGUUGGACAGCAGAGGAGGAUGAGACAUUGAGGAAUGCUGUUGCAGCUUUUAAGGGAAAGCAUUGGAAGAAAAUAGCUGAGUUUUUUAAAGAUAGAUCCGAAGUUCAAUGUCUGCACAGAUGGCAAAAAGUUCUUAAUCCAGAGCUUGUUAAAGGACCGUGGACACAGGAGGAGGAUGACAAAAUUGUUGAACUGGUGUCAAAAUAUGGGCCUACAAAAUGGUCCUUGAUUGCCAAGUCUUUGCCUGGUCGAAUAGGGAAGCAGUGUCGAGAGAGGUGGCACAAUCAUCUUAAUCCUGACAUAAAGAAGGAUGCCUGGACUUUGGAAGAGGAACUAGCCUUGAUGAAUGCUCAUCGUAUACAUGGGAACAAAUGGGCUGAAAUAGCUAAGGUCCUUCCUGGAAGGACUGAUAAUGCAAUAAAGAACCACUGGAAUAGUUCUUUGAAGAAGAAGUUGGAUUUUUACUUAGCUACAGGAAAACUUCCCCCAGUUCCAAAAAGCAAUCCACUAGUUGCUGCCAAAGAUACAAUUAAACGUUCUGCUACUAAACCAAUACUUGUUUCAUCUAAUAAAGAAUUAAAUGUCGCUGUCGACACAUCGUCUGAAACCACAGCCAUUAGUAAGCCAGAUGACAGCGGCAAGAACCAGUUUGAGUCCUCAGGGACAGCUAGAGACGUAGGCGAUUCUUCAAGUGUACCGACAAAUGAAUCUGCUGAUUUUGACUGUGUAGAAUGCGAGCCGGGACCAUCCAAUGUUGAUCUUGGCUGUGGAAAUUCAGAACAUAUAUCAAGAGUCAAUUUUGGAACAACUUAUGGGCCAAAAUCUGAGAAUUCUGCACUCAAUGGAAACCCAAUAACUGAGCAUUGUUUAAACAAUGGUAAAAUGAGCAAUAGCGAUAGCAGGUUAAUCGGGACAUCAGCACAAGAAAAUCAUACUUUUGGUUCUUUGUAUUAUGAGCCACCACUUUUACCUGGUUCAGUUCCUUUAGAUUCUCUUCACUUAAGUAUUCUCUCCAUGCAGAAUGAUUACUGUUCUAAGAUGUCACCCUUGGGUUACAUCACUCCACCUCGCGCGAGGGAUAGUGAAUUAUGUACGGAGACCCCUGAAUCAAUAUUGAGAAAGGCUGCUAAUACUUAUCCAAAUACUCCUUCCAUAUAUAGGCGGAGAAGAACUGGAGACCAACCACUUACUUCUCCUAGUAAAGUUUUAAAAGUCCACAAUGAUUCACAUGCUUCUAAUGAACCGGAUAGAACCAAGAAUAAUUCUGAUUCUGAAGCUCGGACGUUGUCUGACAGUCCUGCAAGCCUUGACAAUAAGAGUGUUAAUCUCAAUAAUAAGGCAUUCAAUGCAUCUCCACCAUACCGAUUAAGAACCAAACGAACAGCAGUUGUCAAGUCUGUGGAGAAACAACUUGAAUUUGCGUUUGACAAAGAGAAGAAUGAUGACAGUAUGAACGCAAUGGAAAAAUCUGCAAAGAGGAGCAAUGCUAUGACUGAGGAUUGUCUUCAUGAAAGAAAAUUGGUAGUGACGUAGUGCACAAAUUGGAUUAAGGCUGGUCAUGCUCUUGAAGCUGGCUGAUUGUUUCUCUAAAUUGAUAAGACACAGUUUUACCACUUUUUACCAAGUUAAUUCAUCAGAUUGCAGAGUCAAAAUGACUUGGCACUUAUCUACUUGAGCUUUGGCGCUUUUGUUUCCAUCACACAUCAACAUAAUUCAGCAAAAUUAGAUGUCUACUAUGUGUAGAAUAAGGAUUGAUAAAUUCCAUUUACAUGUUUAUAGAUAUAUUUAUUAUUUUUGUACAGUUACAUCUUAGAAAGGUAAAUCUUCUUAAGUUUGAUCAUUGUUUUAAGAUUUAUUCAAACCCUUAACAAAUAAUUCACUGCAAUGAGUGUAAGUUUAGUGCAAACUUUACACAGAAAUA